CUCCCACUUAUGCUAAGAAAGAGUCCAAAAACACCAACAUCUUUAUAUGACGAACUUCAUUUUUGGGUCUUAUUGGAUCCCCGGUGAACUCUUCCUUGUUUCAGUGCCAGGCUAUUGAAAGAAAAGCCAGAGGAAGACCACUGGUGUGAUCAAAUUUGACAGAGAGAGAUUCUCCCUGUCGCCUUUGGCAGCCUGGAGAAAAGAGCAGAAAGAAAGAAAACCCAACAGACAAGUUGCACUAGAAUGUCGGAGGGAGAGGGGAAAACAACUCUUUCCACUGAGGGAAACAAGGCAGAAGUCACAGUAGCAGCAGCAGUAACCAGUACUGCUGCUAUUAAUACUCAGCAGGGACAUGGUGGAGCAUCUGUGUCUCCGCCUGUGUCCUCCAUACCACCCCCUGCCACCACAGCUACAGAGGAUGAAGAUGAGAGUGAAGAUGAGUCAGACAUCCUGGAGGAGAGUCCCUGUGGUCGCUGGCAGAAACGCAGAGAGGAGGUGAAUCAGCGAAAUGUCCCAGGGAUAGACGCUGCAUACUUGGCCAUGGACACCGAAGAGGGGGUGGAGGUGGUGUGGAAUGAAGUCAUGUUCUCAGAGAGAAAGAACUUCAAACUGCAGGAGGAGAAGGUUAAGGCAGUGUUUGAUAACUUGAUCCAGUUAGAGCACCUGAACAUUGUCAAGUUCCACAAAUACUGGGCCGACACAAAGGAAAACCGGGCUAGGGUCAUUUUCAUUACUGAGUACAUGUCAUCAGGAAGCUUGAAGCAGUUUUUGAAAAAGACAAAGAAAAAUCACAAGACAAUGAAUGAAAAGGCCUGGAAAAGAUGGUGCACCCAGAUCCUUUCAGCACUCAGUUACCUCCACUCCUGUGACCCUCCCAUCAUCCACGGCAACCUGACCUGUGACACCAUCUUUAUCCAGCACAACGGGCUUAUCAAGAUUGGAUCAGUUGCUCCCGACACCAUUAACAACCACGUGAAGACGUGUCGUGAGGAACAGAAAAACCUGCACUUCUUUGCACCAGAAUAUGGAGCUGUCGCUGAUGUUACAACAGCAGUGGACAUCUACUCCUUUGGCAUGUGUGCCUUAGAGAUGGCUGUCUUGGAGAUCCAGGGGAAUGGAGAGUCUUCUUAUGUUUCUCAAGAGGCCAUCAACAACGCCAUACAGUCCCUCGAAGACCCACUUCAGAGGGAGUUUAUUCAGAAGUGCCUAGAGUGUGAUCCUAACAAGAGGCCUACAGCAAGAGAGCUGCUUUUUAACCAGGCUCUGUUUGAAGUACCGCUGCUAAAACUACUGGCUGCACACUGCAUCGUCAGCCACCAGCACAUGAUCCCUGAGAAUGCCUUGGAGGAGAUUACCAAGAACAUGGACCCCAACCUGGUCAUUGCUGAGAGGAAAGAGGGUGUUCAGCUCAAGCUUUCACAGUUUCCUGCCCUGGAGUUGGAUAAAUUUCUGGAGGAUGUGAGGAAUGGUAUCUAUCCUCUGACAGCGUUUGGCCUACCCUGUCCUCAGCAGCCUCAACAGGAAACUGUUAAGUCUCCAAUUGUCACCCCCUCAGUCAAAUCCCCCACCCCGGAACCAGCAGAACUUGAAACACGCAAGGUCAUCCAUAUGCAAUGCAACAUAGAGCCAGUUGAAGAGGGAACAAAACAUCAUCUGACAUUACUGCUGAAGCUGGAGGACAAAUUGAAUAGACAUCUAAGCUGUGACCUGUUACCCAAUGAAAAUGUUCAAGAGCUGGCUGGAGAGUUGGUCCAACUGGGCUUCAUCAGUGAGGUGGACCAGAAUAGACUAGCCUCCGUGCUUGAAGAAGCCCUCACUAAGUUCUUCAGUAGGAACGGCUCCCUCAACCCUGUUACUGUGUCCUCAUAAAGACUUAAUCAAGACCCAUAACUGUCUCUAAUAUGAUACUCUCAACCCUGUUACAUUCUCCUCAGAGUUACCAAACUCAGUCGCUGUAAUCAGCAUCUUUCUUGCUUUUCUGCAAAGCCUUACGAUUUACGUGAUAAAGCUGCCAGGAGAGUGGGUCUUGCUUAGAAACUGGAGUAAGAGAUUGCAGUUCAAAAGCGCGCUGCACUGCUUAUGAGGAAAUGUACUAGAGGUCAUU